AUGCCGGUGUACAAAAUAUGUUCAAUACCCGUGUCGUUUCCAUACGAGGCAUAUGACUGCCAGAUUGUGUACAUGACUAAAGUCAUGCAGUCACUCCUUCAGGGGGGAAACGGACUGCUGGAAUCGCCGACGGGGACGGGGAAGACGCUUUGCCUGCUCUGCGCGUCCUUGGCGUGGCAGGCGAGCCUCAUCCGCGCAAAGAAGCGCCGGGAUGCGCAGCAGCGGAAAGCCGUGCGCGAGGGGCGGGGAACGGUGCGCCAACCGAGCCAGGGGGCGGAAGACGUGGGUUACGAAGCAGUACGCAUGUCGCAGGGGUCGCACGAAUCGUCGCAGGGUUCGCAGGGGAUGGGGUCCCAGGGGAUGGGGAUGCAGCAAGGAGCCGCGGGGAUGGGAGGUUGCGAACGUGGGGGAAGCCAGAAAGGGGGAAUCGGGGGAAGCCAGAACGGCUUGCCAGGGGGAACUGGCGGAGUAGCAGCGGGGGAAGAGGGGUUGGGCGGAGAAGAAGAGGAGCGCAUUCCCACGAUUAUCUAUGCGUCGCGCACACAUGCGCAGCUGCAGCAAGUGGUGCGAGAGCUGAAAGCGACCACGUACCGGCCGCGCAUGUGCAUUCUGGGUUCAAGGGAGCACACGUGCGUGCACAGGAAGGUGUCCAAGCUGAAGGGCAAGGCGCAGAACCACACGUGCAGACAGCUGGUCAAACGCCGCAAGUGCCAUCACAACCUCAUGGCCGCAGACUAUGUAAGGAUGAACCCACAGAAGGCAUCAGAGCCGCAUGACAUUGAAGACCUGGUCAAGCUGGGGCAGAUGGAAGGACCCUGCCCCUACUACGUCUCACGAGGCUUCCUGGAAAAAGCGGAGAUCAUCUUCAUGCCUUACAACUACGUGUUGGACCAGGAUUACCGCAAAAACCUCAAAGUGCUCGAGAUGAAAGGAGCUGUACUCAUCUUUGACGAGGCACACAACCUGGCGCACAACCUGGUGGGUUCUCUUCCUCCUCCUCCCAACCCCCACCCCCCGGCCCCCCUCCUUUUCCCCCACUUCAAUGGCUAUCCCCUCCUUUUCCCCCACUUCAAUGGCUCUCCCCUCCUUUUCCCCCACUUCAAUGGCUAUCCCCUCCUUUUCCCCCACUUCAAUGGCUCUCCCCUCCUUUUCCCCCACUUCAAUGGCUCUCCCCUCCUUUUCCCCCACUUCAAUGGCUAUCCCCUCCUUUUCCCCCACUUCAAUGGCUAUCCCCUCCUUUUCCCCCACUUCAAUGGCUCUCCCCUCCUUUUCCCCCACUUCAAUGGCUCUCCCCUCCUUUUCCCCCACUUCAAUGGCUCUCCCCUCCUUUUCCCCCACUUCAAUGGCUCUCCCCUCCUUUUCCCCCACUUCAAUGGCUAUCCCCUCCUUUUCCCCCACUUCAAUGGCUAUCCCCUCCUUUUCCCCCACUUCAAUGGCUCUCCCCUCCUUUUCCCCCACUUCAAUGGCUCUCCCCUCCUUUUCCCCCACUUCAAUGGCUCUCCCCUCCUUUUCCCCCACUUCAAUGGCUAUCCCCUCCUUUUCCCCCACUUCAAUGGCUCUCCCCUCCUUUUCCCCCACUUCAAUGGCUCUCCCCUCCUUUUCCCCCACUUCAAUGGCUCUCCCCUCCUUUUCCCCCACUUCAAUGGCUAUCCCCUCCUUUUCCCCCACUUCAAUGGCUCUCCCCUCCUUUUCCCCCACUUCAAUGGCUCUCCCCUCCUUUUCCCCCACUUCAAUGGCUCUCCCCUCCUUUUCCCCCACUUCAAUGGCUCUCCCCUCCUUUUCCCCCACUUCAAUGGCUCUCCCCUCCUUUUCCCCCACUUCAAUGGCUAUCCCCUCCUUUUCCCCCACUUCAAUGGCUAUCCCCUCCUUUUCCCCCACUUCAAUGGCUCUCCCCUCCUUUUCCCCCACUUCAAUGGCUAUCCCCUCCUUUUCCCCCACUUCAAUGGCUCUCCCCUCCUUUUCCCCCACUUCAAUGGCUCUCCCCUCCUUUUCCCCCACUUCAAUGGCUCUCCCCUCCUUUUCCCCCACUUCAAUGGCUCUCCCCUCCUUUUCCCCCACUUCAAUGGCUAUCCCCUCCUUUUCCCCCACUUCAAUGGCUAUCCCCUCCUUUUCCCCCACUUCAAUGGCUAUCCCCUCCUUUUCCCCCACUUCAAUGGCUCUCCCCUCCUUUUCCCCCACUUCAAUGGCUAUCCCCUCCUUUUCCCCCACUUCAAUGGCUAUCCCCUCCUUUUCCCCCACUUCAAUGGCUAUCCCCUCCUUUUCCCCCACUUCAAUGGCUCUCCCCUCCUUUUCCCCCACUUCAAUGGCUCUCCCCUCCUUUUCCCCCACUUCAAUGGCUAUCCCCUCCUUUUCCCCCACUUCAAUGGCUAUCCCCUCCUUUUCCCCCACUUCAAUGGCUCUCCCCUCCUUUUCCCCCACUUCAAUGGCUCUCCCCUCCUUUUCCCCCACUUCAAUGGCUCUCCCCUCCUUUUCCCCCACUUCAAUGGCUAUCCCCUCCUUUUCCCCCACUUCAAUGGCUAUCCCCUCCUUUUCCCCCACUUCAAUGGCUAUCCCCUCCUUUUCCCCCACUUCAAUGGCUCUCCCCUCCUUUUCCCCCACUUCAAUGGCUAUCCCCUCCUUUUCCCCCACUUCAAUGGCUAUCCCCUCCUUUUCCCCCACUUCAAUGGCUAUCCCCUCCUUUUCCCCCACUUCAAUGGCUAUCCCCUCCUUUUCCCCCACUUCAAUGGCUAUCCCCUCCUUUUCCCCCACUUCAAUGGCUCUCCCCUCCUUUUCCCCCACUUCAAUGGCUCUCCCCUCCUUUUCCCCCACUUCAAUGGCUCUCCCCUCCUUUUCCCCCACUUCAAUGGCUCUCCCCUCCUUUUCCCCCACUUCAAUGGCUCUCCCCUCCCUAACACAUGCGAGGAGCUGUGCUCAUGCCGCCAUUGCCAUCACCCACCUUCCCUUCACCUCCUCUCGAUCUCCCCUCCUUCCUUUUUCUCUUACCCGUCCGAAGCCGCCAAAUGCGCCGCCAUUGCCACUGCCCGCCUUGCCUUUCCACCCUCCAGCAGCCAGUACUCGGAGGGGGGUGAUGGGGGAAUGGGUGGCGGUGGCAAAGGGGGACGGGGAGGAAGAGGGGGCAGAGGAGGCGGGAGGGGAGGUGGAAGAGGAAAGGACGUGAUGGUGGGGGGGAUUGGUUAUGGGAAUGGUGGAGGAGGAAGAGGAGGAGGAAGAGGAGGAGGAGAAGGGGGAGGGGUGAUGGGGGAAGUGCAGCCGGACACAUUCAGCAUCCUGCAGGGGCUGCUGCUGGCCAUGGAGAGAAAGCUCCUUGACUUCCCCAUGCACAGCUUUGUCCAUGGCUUUGCUGUUGCUGCCCGCACUGCUCCUGGCGCUGCCGGUGCUGCUGCUGCUGCUGCAGCUGCUGCUGCUUCUGGUGCUGUUGGUGCUGGUGCUGCCUCUGGUGGUGCUGCUGCUGCAGGGGGCAUGGGUGCUGGAGCAGGGGGCGCGGGGAGUGGAGGCGAGUGGAAGAAAGGGAAAUUGGUGGGGGGAGGCGAGGAGGUUGGGGUGGCGUUUCCAGGAAGCUACAUCUACGAGUUCCUGGCACAGCUCAACAUCAAUCAUGUGACCGUGAUGUCCCUGUUCGCCACUGUACAGCAUGCAUUGCUGCUUCUCACUGAUGAUGCUGCAGCGUUGUCACCAGGCGAAGCAGAGGCAGGUGGAGCAGCAGAGGCAGGCGGGGAGCAGGGGAAUGCGGGCACGGAGGGAGGAGGGGCGUCAGGGCGAGGAGCAGGGAACCCGGCCAUGUCGUUCCGCCUGGAGCAGCUGUGGGCAGCGCUGCAGCUCAUCUUCCCGCCCACUGGACCCACCUCCCACGCCAGUUCCUUCAAGGUGUGCAUAACAGAGCGCAAGGUGAAGGCAAGGAGAAACGCGUCAGUGGCUGCCCCCUCGGUGGUUCGAACGCUCAACUGGUGGUGCUUCGACCCGGGCCUCGUGAUGCAGCAGAUCAGAAUGCUGGGGGUGCGAUCCAUGCUGCUCACCAGUGGCACCCUCUCGCCCCUGCAGCCCUACGCUUCAGAGCUAAGAGUGCCCUUUCAGCAGCAGCUGGAGAACAGCCACGUGAUCACACAGGAGCAGGUGUGGGCGGGAGUGUUACCUGUGGGGCCAUCAGGGGUGGUCCUCAACUCGGGCUUUAAGACGCGCUCCCAACACGAUUACCUGAACGACAUGGGCUCUGCUAUAGUCAACAUAUGCCGCAUCGUCCCGGGCGGCGUGCUUGUCUUCUUCCCCUCCUACUCAUGCAUGGACUCGUCAAUUCAGGCCUGGCAGCUGCCCCCUGCAGGGCGGCACAAUUCGGCAGCAUUAUCGGUGUGGCAGCGCAUUGGCUUGCAGAAGCAGGUAGUGGUGGAGCCACGGGAUUCGGCACUGCUUGGUGAAGCCAGGGAGGACUACGUGAGGAAGCUAGAGGAGGAGGGGUCAAAGGGGGCUGUGCUGUUUGCCGUGUGCAGGGGCAAGGUGAGUGAGGGAAUCGACUUCGCCGACCAUCUGUCCCGUGCUGUUGUCAUCACGGGCAUCCCAUAUGCACAGCAACUCAGCCCGCAGGUGGUGCUAAAGAAGGAGUAUCUGGAUGAGCGCGUCACGGCCCACCAGCACCACCUGAGGUUAACAUGCUGGUUAGGUACGAUCAUCUUGUGGCUUCUCUGUAGCUGCCUAAUGUUGUCAACCACUGGGUCAACUGAUUUACUCCUUCUUCGUCUGCCUCCACACCUCCUCUUCUGCCUCCUCUCCCUCCUCCUGCCUCCUCUCCCUCCUCUCCUGCCUCCUCUCCCUCCUCUUCUGCCUCCUAUCCCUCCUCUUCUGCCUCCUAUCCCUCAUCUUCUGCCUCCUCUCCCUCAUCUUCUGCCUCCUCUCCCUCAUCUUCUGCCUCCCAUCCAUCCUAUCGUUCCUCACCUGCCUCCUCUCCCUCCUCUUCUGCUCAUCCUUCCUCGCCUGCCCCGCGCCACCACUUCCAUCCCACCAGUCGCCAUGCCCCAUCAGGUUUGCAGAGCCCAAGCUCAAGGACCGUCUCUCCAUGUGGAUCCGCCCUGCUCUCAAGGUGGCUCCCCCUUCUGUCUUGCUUUCCCCUUCUGUCUUGCUUUCUCCUUCUGUCUUGCUUUCUCCUUCUGUCUUGCUUUCUCCUUCUGUCUUGCUUUCUCCUUCUGUCUUGCUUUCUCCUUCUGUCUUGCUUUCUCCUUCUGUCUUGCUUUCCCCUUCUGUCUUGCUUUCUCCUUCUGUCUUGCUUUCUCCUUCUGUCUUGCUUUCUCCUUCUGUCUUGCUUUCUCCUUCUGUCUUGCUUUCUCCUUCUGUCUUGCUUUCUCCUUCUGUCUUGCUUUCUCCUUCUGUCUUGCUUUCUCCUUCUGUCUUGCUUUCUCCUUCUGUCUUGCUUUCUCCUUCUGUCUUGCUUUCUCCUUCUGUCUUGCUUUCUCCUUCUGUCUUGCUUUCUCCUUCUGUCUUGCUUUCUCCUUCUGUCUUGCUUUCCCCUUCUGUCUUGCUUUCUCCUUCUGUCUUGCUUUCUCCUUCUGUCUUGCUUUCUCCUUCUGUCUUGCUUUCUCCUUCUGUCUUGCUUUCUCCUUCUGUCUUGCUUUCUCCUUCUCUCUACGCCUCUGCCACCUGAUUCUUUGA